GAGAGAGAGAGGAUCAGGAAGCAAGAGGUUUCAAGCGUAGGAAUGUUACUGUGUUAAGAUGAAGAUGUGGUUUUACAAUGUUUAAAAGGCAUGGAUCUUAGAGAUCUGUCAAAUAAAAGGCAAUCAUGAUUGAAAGUAUCACUAAGGAUGCUGUUGGAUUGGUCUGCUCGUGAGAGAAUGUCAGUUGAGCACUUUUUCAUUCUCCAAGAAAUGUUUUAUGUCAGUAAACACAAAAUAUUCCUGGAAAUGCAUCUGUAUGAUGCAAUAUAGUGCGCACCACUGUGCAUCGUUGUAGAAAAUUCUGAAAAUUAUAACUGACUGCUUUUAGCUAUCAGUCAUCAGACUUGGACUUUAAUUAGUAGUUUUGGCACUUUUUCCCAUCGAAGGGUAGUUUUAUUGACGAUCUGUCAAGAUGUUUUCAGCUCUGAAGAAGCUAGUUGGUUCUGAACCAGGACAGCUGAAAGACAAGAACAUUCCCCCUGGCCUGCAGUCCAUGAACCAGAGUUUACAGAGACGCUUUGCGAAAGGGGUUCAGUAUAAUAUGAAAAUAGUUAUUAGAGGAGAUCGAAAUACUGGCAAAAGUACUUUAUGGCAUCGACUGCAGGGAAAGAAGUUCUUGGAGGACUACAUACCAACUCAGGAAAUCCAAGCCACCAGUAUUCACUGGAACUACAAAAUGAGCCCCUAUCAAGCUACUGAUGAUGUGGUCAAGGUGGAGGUUUGGGACGUGGUGGAUAAAGGCCAAAAAUAUCCUCUUCCUGAAGGUGUAGGAAAGGGUAAAAAACUAGGAGAGAAUUUAAAACUAGAGAAUGAGCCCCAACAGUCUGAUGAGGUGGCCUUGGACGCAGAGUUCCUUGAUGUUUACAAGAACUGCAACGGAGUCAUCAUGAUGUUUGACAUCACCAAACAAUGGACAUUCGAUUACAUCUCAAGGGAACUGCCUAAGGUGCCCACUCAUGUACCAGUCUGUGUCCUGGGUAACCACAGGGACAUGGGCGAGCAUCGCGUCAUCUUGCCUAAUGACAUCAGAGACUUUAUUGACGGUCUCAACAGACCCCUUGGCGCCUCUUACAUUCACUAUGCCGAGUCAUCAAUGAAAAACGGAUUUGGCUUGAAAUAUCUGCACCGAUUUUUCAAUAUUCCUUUCCUACAGCUUCAGAGGGAGACACUACUGAGGCAGCUGGAGACCAACCAGCUAGACAUGGAUGCCACUCUGGAGGAACUCUCUGUACAGCAGGAGACAGAAGACCAAAACUAUGAUAUUUUCCUGGAUAAUAUAGAAUCCCGCAGCAGAGGUUAUGGCUCUCCAGGUCCUGCUAACGGACAGAGCCCCUCAUCGGGCUCUCAGUCCCCCGUUGUCCCCCCCAGCAGGGCCUCUACUGGAAGCUCCAGCCCCGGGACUCCCCAGCCACCCAUCCCCCCCCAGGCCCUGCAGUCCCCAUCUCCGUGUCCCUCCCCUCCGCCCCCCGCCACGGCUAGCAUCGCUGCCUUGCCUAUCACCAAACCACAGUCCCCCAAGCAUCCAGAAUACUCCGCCUCCCCUCCACCUUCUGCCCCCCCUCCACCUUCCACCCCCACUGCCUCUGCUCCUGCCCCCCAGAAACGUGGCUUCAUCUCCCGCCUCUUCGGCUCUUCCACCGCACCAGAGGUCCCGGCAGCAGCCACUGUGUCAGAAUCACCAGUCCCUCUGUGCCCUGCCAAGGUUCUGAGUGUGGAUGACUUUGUGCCUGAUGAAGGUCUAGAAAAAACCUUCCUGGAAGAUAGUCUACCCUCAAAGGCCAAGAUCCCUCAACCAUCCACUGCAGUAGACAGUGAUAGUGAUGGAGAGGACAGAGGGAACCCCAUGGUUGCGUGUGACCAGGAUGAGCUGGACCUGGACGACAAGGAGCCCCCCCUCCCCCAGCCUAACCUCCUCAAGCCCAGGGAGAACCUCACCCUCUCCAGUGACGAAGGGGAGGCUGAGCCUGCUCCUGCUGUUACGCAGGACGAAGACUUGGAUAGCGAUGCCGAACUGACUGUGUCCAUGGUUCAGUCAGGCACACCUCAGAUGGUGGUGGAUGCCCUAGAGCUGAGCCCUCCCUCCCAGCUCCAUGUGACUCCUGUCCACCAGAAAGGAGCGCCAGUGACCCAUACGCAGCCGUCCGACCGACCCAUAAGGACAAAACAGGAAGGAGCUGUGCAGGCGGAUGAUUCCGACACCGACCCAGAGGCCCCGAUCGCCAAGCAGAUGCUCUCCUUUGUCCUGGAUGACCCUGACUUUGAUUCUGAGUGCUCAGACACCACUAAGAUUGAGAAGGAUUCGUUUCCGGUAAGAGAUGUACUGCUGUCUGACCUAUCUGACGAUGACAGUACACCUCUCAAGGUUCAAGAGCCUCCGAAUCCGGCGGUGUUGUCCUUCAAACACAAGAACGACUCAGACCUGUUCGGCCUGGGCAUUCAGGAAGAGCCUACACGAGCCGAGGAGAGCUGCGAGGAGCAGGAAGAGAAAGAAGGUAAAAACUCCUCAAAAGAAAAGAAGAAAAAGAAGAAGAAAAGCAAAGAGGAGGAGGACAAAAGCAGCAAGAAGAAGCAUAAACAUAAAAAAAAAGAGAAGGAUGAGACAGAAGCAGGAGAUGAGAAAGAGAAGAAGAAGAAAUCCCGGCCUAAGAGAACUACGGUGGAUAACUUGGAGGACUUCUUGGGAGGAGGGGAGGGGUCAGCGAACCGAGAGGGCGGAGAUUACGAAGAACUCUAAACUCCACUGUCCCGUUUCAAACUGGGCUGUGAGGAACUGUUGGUCCCAAGUGGAACCAUUUGGUUCUGUUAAUUAAACCAUAUCAGUUGUGCACAAACAGAAUCCACCAGCCAUACACAAGGUUCCCUAUAGUCUGGCAAACUCCAUCAGACUGUGGUGCCUGUAUGUUGGAGUAUAGGAAAUUUGUUUCCCUUUCUUUUUCUGUACGUAUAGUUGCCCACCAUUUAUCUUCUGUUAUAAUCCAGUAUGCUCUGAAUGUAGACCACUCCAAAUGGGCUUGGUAGGAAGUCCCUUUUGUUGUAUGUUUGUUGUAGUAUUUUCUGGAAAGCGUGCUCUUGUGAAGAAUGACUGUAGGGAUUGCAUAGCAUAGCUAUUAAGAGGGACUGUAGAUGUGUGUAUUUCUGAGUUAAGAUUGUCUUUUUGUGUUUGGCCUGCAGAUAUCUUAUUUGGGGAUUGGCAUAAGUUGUGCAGCUUUAUUUUGCAAGGUUGUAUUGACUGAACAUUAAUGAUCCUUACUGUAAUUUUGCGCAAAGACAAAAAAAUCCUGCAAUUCACUAUUUACAGGAACUUUGACUACUGUUGAACUUUUUUCCCCUUAAUAUUUUGUGUGUUUACAUCAGGUGCCUUAAAAUAAGUCACUUGUAAAAGAAAGCUUGCGCCAGUCAUCGUUUUCAAUGUCAAAUGGAUAGACUGUAUCAUGUGCAUUAAGCUGGCCAGUUGUAUUUAAAGGUGGAUGACAUGGAUGUUUUUUAGGUCCUGAGUUCAUGCCAGUACUGCACUCAAAUCAUGCUAGGGGUCAACAAGGUAACAUCAAGGCACUGAUAGUGAAACAUUGUUUUCUCUUACAUUUAGUGUAGUCUAUAUUCCAUAACACACAUUGAACUUCCUUCCUCUGACUCUUGUCGCUAACAUUACUACUACUGCACCUGCGUUGAAAUAGCCUCUUCUAAGCAUGGACUAAACGGUCCUAUUUUCCAGCAAGUAUGUUAAGUCAGACUGGCAAGAUGUAGUAUAUAGUUACAGCAUUCCUAGACUGUCACUACCCUCACCAAAAAUGUUCCAGUUCCAAGUUGUUUCAUUGGACUUGUAGAUAAGGGGUUGUUAGCUUACAGCGUGGUUGUUAUCUUACCCACACAGAUGUAUUUUGUGAUCUGAUGUGAUUGUUAUGGAAUGUCAUGCCUCUCAUUGCCUCUCCAGAUUUCCAGAGAUUACUUAUGUACGCUAACUAUCUACUUCAAGUUGACUUGAUGCAUUGCGUCUGGUAAAAGCUUAUUUACCACUAUCUGUUGAACAAAGACAAGGACUACCACACUACUCUGUUGUAAAUGAUACCCUUGAAUUUACUUUGUUUAAGCUGUCUGCUUAAACAUGAACAGGUCAAAAUUCAUAUUCAUAUUCAGGAACAAACACGAUUUAUUUAAUCAUCAAUACUACAUAAAAACUAUUCUGAGUGUAAUGUCCAAAGCAGCAAGUUCAUGAAUCUGCUUUGGACAUUACACUCAGAAUUGUUUUAUAUGAGAUUGUAUUGUAUAAUUGGAAGUUUUCAGUUGAUCUGUCUGCAGUUGUCAUGCACAGGUUGGAGAAUGGCAAAAAGCACGUUCCCAUGUAAAGCAUGAGACGUAUAAUGUACAGUAAGAAAUGAAUGCAAAAAAUUAGAUUGAUGCUUUAUUUUCUCCCAAUUACAUAUUUCCAUCUUCAUACUUUAUUUAAGUAAGCUUGUGUUUGGUUGGUCCAAUAAAAGCAAGAAAAUGAUUUCUUCA